AUGUCUGCGAAGGCCGGCAAGCCCCUGGUCCAGACCGACGCGGGGGCGUACAUAGCUUGGUCUGGUGCUGACCAGCCGGAGCUCGCAACGGAGGGGCUCGGGUGUGGCCUUCUCGUGCUGACGCCCCUCGGCUUCGCGCUGCCGCAUUACGCUGACUCCAACAAGUUCGGCUACGUCCUCAGCGGCUCCGGGGUGGCUGGGGUCCUUCCGGUCGAGGCCAAGGAGAGGGUCGUCCGCCUGAAGGCCGGCGACGUCAUCGCCGUGCGCACUGGGGACGUAUCGUGGUGGUACAACGACAACGACAACGAAGGCAGCGCUGAUGACUUGUCCAUCUUGUUCAUAGGCGACACGGCGCGCGCCGUCAGCCCCGGGGACAUCUCAUACUUCUUCCUCGCCGGCGGCAACAGCGUCCUGAGCGGCUUCGACGCGGGCCUCCUCACCAUGGCGUGGCCUGGUGUCACGGAGGAGCAGGCGGCCACCGCGUUCCGGAGCCAGCCGGCCGUCCUCCUCACCAGGCUGAGCGCGAAGCUGCCCGGCGUGUGCCCGCGAGAGCACGACAGGAAAGGGCUCGUCGUGAACGCCGGCCACGUCGCUGCAGGGACCCUGAAGAUGCUCACCGCGUCGGAUCUGGACGCGCUGGGCGGCUUCGGAUUCAGCGCGGUGCUCGGACGGCUCGAGCCCGGCGCCGCGAGGGCGCCGUGGGUGCUCCGCGAGGGCGCGGCGCAGGCGGUGUACGUGGCCCGCGGGAGCGCGCGCGUCCAGGUCUCGUCCGCCGUGGGCGGCGACACGCUGCUGCUGGACGAGGAUGUCGCUGCGGGGAGCUUGUUCGUCGUGCCGCGGUUCGCCGUGGCGCUCGUCGCCGCCGGCGCCGAUGGAGUGGAGUGGGUCUCGCUGAUCAAGAGCGCCAGGUACGUGACCGUGACCUUGACAAAUGCGAAAUGCAAAUCUUGUACUGAUGAUGGUUUCCGAUGUCCCUGCUGCGUACAUGGCUGGCCGGCGGUGGAGCACCUGAUCGGGGAGGGCUCGAUUUUCGGCGGCCUGACUCCACAGGUGGUGCAGGCAUCGCUGAAGGUGGCGCCGGAGCUGGUGAAGCUGCUCUGA